AUGGCUGCUUCUUCUUCUUCAUUUUCCGUUACCUUAACCACCAAAAUCCCCAAAAUCGCUUCAACCCACCACAAAUCCCAUAAUUACCAAACUACCCAUCUCCAAUUCAAAUCAUCCCCUAUUCGCACCCUCCUCCAAUCCACACGCAGACCAAUCAACCUCCGCACCAACGCCGUCUCAAUCCAAUGCCUCUUCACCGGCCUCGUCGAAGAAAUCGGCACUGUCAAGCAAAUCGGAGCAUCCUCUAAUGGCGGUUUCGACUUAAAAGUCAACGCAAAGACCGUCCUCGACGGCGUCAAUCUCGGCGACAGCAUCGCCGUCAACGGCACAUGUCUAACCGUGACACAAUUCGACAAAAAUACUUCCGAUUUCACCGUCGGUUUGGCCCCCGAGACGCUGCGGAAGACAUCCCUCUCGGAAUUGGAGACCGGAUCGCCGGUGAAUCUGGAGAGAGCGGUGACUCCGGUGACUCGAAUGGGCGGACAUUUCGUGCAGGGUCACGUGGAUGGCACGGGGGAGAUUGUGUCUAUGGUUCCUGAAGGGGAUUCUUUAUGGGUGAAAGUUAGGGUUGAGAAGGAGUUGCUGAAGUAUAUUGUGCCGAAAGGGUUUAUUGCUGUGGAUGGGACUAGUUUGACUGUGGUCGAUGUUUUUGACGAGGAGGUUUGUUUUAAUUUCAUGCUGGUUGCUUAUACUCAGGACAAGAUUGUUGUUCCUAUGAAGAAGGUUGGGCAAAAGGUGAAUCUUGAGGUUGAUAUUCUUGGCAAGUAUGUGGAGAGGCUUCUCAGUAGCGGAUUUGUUUCGUCGAUUGCAACAAAGGACUCUGGGUUUGGGCCUAAGGCCAACCACUAA